GAACAAAUAACACAGGGUGAGAGCUGCCUGACGCCGGGAAUCCAGCUGACUGCUCUGGGAUUUCUCCUCCUCUCUUUCAGAACAGGGCCAUGGGGGACGCGGCACCGGCCGAGGGGACGGAGCGCGGGGCUGCCUCUUCCCAGCUCUUCGAUUCCAGCAUGAGGAGUGUGGCGAGGAGACUCAGGACUUUCCAGCGAUGGCCACGCACCUCACCUGUGUCCCCCCGAGAUCUGGUUGAGGCUGGGUUCUUCUACGUGGGUCCCAGGGAUGAAGUGCAGUGUUUCUGCUGCGGGGGUGUCCUGAAGGACUGGAGAGCCGGGGACUGCCCCAUAAUAGAGCACCUGAAUUUCUUCCCUUCCUGUAAAUACAUUUGUGGUGAGGAUGUUGGGAACCAAGAGAUGCUGUCUCUUCAGGAGAUCUUUGACACUGUGGAUGGGCAGUUCCUCAGUCUCUUGCAGGGGAUAGUCAGUGAGGAGACAGCCCUGCCCAAUGAACCAGAAUACCCAGAGAUGGUCACAGAGGAGAUGAGACUCUCUACCUUUGAGAACUGGCCACAAAAUUCUGACGUUCAUCCAGAGCAACUGGCCAGUGCAGGGUUCUUUUACACAGGACGAGGUGAUGUAGUGAGAUGCUUUUACUGUGAUGGAGGUGUGAGGAGCUGGUCGUUCGGAGAUGAUCCUUGGAGGGAACAUGCCAAAUGGUAUCCAGAGUGUGAAUUUUUAUUGCAUUCAAAGGGGAGAGAAUUUGUUAGCAGUGUUCAGGAGACCUUUUCUACCACCCUGCUAGCUCCAAGGCGUUCCUGGGAUCAGACUGAACAGGAUUCCCCUCCUUCCCAAGAUCCUCUGAGUGCUUGGAAAGAGCUGGCUCAUCCUUCUCAGGAUCAGCGUAACAUAGUGCACAAUGUCCUGCAGAUGGGCUUUGACCCCACUUGUGUGGCAAGCCUGGUAGAGGAUAAAUUUGGGUUGACUGGGGCUUUCUACCUUUCUGAGUCUGAGCUGGUUUCAGAUCUGCUGCAGUCGGGCCGGGCAGAGAGCGGCGGUGCCGUGGGAGGCAGAGAUCCUGUUCGGAGGGAGGCUGGAACAUCAAGAGAAGAAAUGCAAUCUGUGCAGCAAAAGGAAUCAGAUGAGUCUCAGCUGAGCACAGAAGAACAGCUCCGCCGCCUGCAAGAGGAAAGGAUGUGCAAAGUGUGCCUGGACAGAGAUGUGUCUGUUGUGUUUGUUCCCUGUGGCCACCUGGUAGCUUGUGGAGACUGUGCCCUCAAUCUGAGGUUGUGUCCCAUCUGCAGAGCUGUCAUCCAGGGCAGUGUGAGGACUUUCAUGUCCUGAGCCGUGAUGCAUCCAAAGGGAAAGAUAAGUCUAUACAGCUCACUGAUAACAAAGCAGAGGAAGAAAAUCACUAAAUAGAUUGAUGCUGGAGCAGUUUUAUUUGCAGGUAUCUUGGCAUAUGUGUAAAAACUCACUAAAUGUGCCUCCUGUGCACAGUGUUUCUAGGAGGAGUUGCUGGUUUGCUGUACUGUUGCUGAAGGACUGUUCCAGAAAAACUCUGCUGGGUUCUUUUCUCCUCCAAAGAGAGGCUUUUGUUGACAGACUCUCUUCCAAAUUCCUAUGUUCUCAAAUGAAUCUUUGCUCUGUGUUGAAAUCAAAGGCUGUUUUUAGUAGGCUCUCUGGUUCUUUUUCACACAUUUAGCAGUUGUUUAGAGAUUAUUCUGCUAGGGCUUCCUUCAGUAAGUUUGAGUGAAAAUGGGGUUUUUUUGUAUACAAAAUGCAUUCCAUUGAGACAAGAAUACUCAGCAGCAAUGUGUCGUGGGAGGGGGAGAGUCUAACUUUUUCUUCUGAGUUCUUUCCUGUCCUCCUCUCUUUUUUUUGCUGAAUUUUCAACAAUUGAUGACAGGUUUUACUGGUACUCAAAUCUGCAUAACUAAGUGGAAAAGCCUGGCCUGUAGUAGACUCUCCAACCUCUUUACUCUCAGUUGCCCUCCCCAGGUGAAAGACUCUUUGCUCAGGGUCACUAUGGUCUCCUGGAAGCUUCUCAUGGAGCUCUUCCCUGGUUGUUGGGUACUAUCCUACUAGAAGAUAGCUAUGGAAACUUACCUUUUUAGGACUUCUGUUUGCUGGCUAAACUGGUCAUUCUUAUUUAAAAUGGAAUAUUCUAUCAUUUAGCCAAAAAGAGUAAGUUUUGUCCAUACUAUAGCUUGUUAACUGAAGGGGAAAGGAAAUAUGUUUUUAAAAAUAAACUGUUCUUUUUCAUGGAAUAAAAUUUUUUCUUUGUUUAA